AUGAUAUUUUGCAACACUCUCUUCUCUUCCUCUCCACUUCUCUCUCCGUUAACUUUGACUCAAACAAAGCCGUCGCGAUUCCCAAAGAAACUCAUUGCUCGAGCUCAGUUCCAGUCGAUGGAGGAUCACGACGAGCUUCUCCGGCUGAAGUUCAUGGAGUUCCCGUACUUGUCAGACACGCGCAGGCAGCUAAUGGUUGAGCUAGUGUCGAUGGUUGAGGAUAACCUCCAGUCGCUACUCCAACCUUGUAGCCUCCCGCCGGAUGUACGGAACUUUAAGAACCCUAACGGUUCUGCCGAGGCAUCUCUUCAUAUCAGAUCCGGCGAGAAAUCUUCACCGAUUGAUUUUGUUAUUGGAAGUUGGAUACACUGCAAGAUUCCAACAGAGCAGUCCCACGUCGCUCGUUCUCAUCCUCGACCUAUACCUCGCAAAGACCUUGUUCUUCAUCCGGACUAUAUCAAGGAAUUCUAUCAAGACACUGCUCUUGACUCUCAUCGACAAUCUCUCCUCAAGGUUCCUGGAAUCAAACCUUAUGUUUCGCCUUCUCUCUUUGUCCGCUCUGGUUUCUCCCCUGCUGUUUCUGCUCUUAUAAUCGAUGUGGAAGAAGAGGAGAGUUUGGAGGAAAUCAUGAGAGAUCAUGUGAGUCCAGCUGCUAAGGAUGUUCUCAGGGUUUGGUUGGAGCGUUGCGCGAGGGAAGAAGAUGAGAAGAGAGUGGUGGGCGAAGAAGAGAGAAAGGAGUUAGAGAGAAGAGAUAAAAGCUUCAGAAGAAAGAACGUAGAAAAUGAUUUGGAGUUGAAGUUUCCGAGAAUGUUUGGAGAAGAAGUUUCCUCCCGUGUUGUACACGCCAUCAAAGAAGCUUUCGGUGUUCUCUAG